AUGCCACAUCUCCGCAUCCUCGCGCUCAAGUUUUUCCCUCUACAAGGAAAAGGCUUGGCGAGGCCCGCAGACGACGAUAGUGCCAUACGGAGCAGUCGGGAGACCGAACGCCCCCCGCUUUGGCCACCGGGAUACACCGGACCCUUCCCGUGGCCGGAACUCGAGCGUCUCGUCGUAUCCUGUCCGAACGUGGACGACGAAGUCUACGAUCACCUCCCUCCAACGCUUCGUUCGUUGUCGUUGCGGUAUUGGAAGCACCUCUGGUGGUUCGUCCGGGGCCGGCCCGCCUCCUACGAACCGCCGGAUCUCCGUGCAUACCACACCGCAACCUUGACCCUCGGGAUCCUGCGACGCUGCGCGAUCCCCGAUCUGGACCAGCUAACAAUCGAGUACGUUGCGGACGAGGGCGAAGACCAGCUGCUCGCGUUCCUGGGGCAGGCGUUCCCGCGUCUCAGCACCCUCUCCGUUCUCCAGUAUGCGCAGAUACCAUACACCCAUUUUUCCCUUCUCCCGCGAUUAAACGGCGAGUUGCCGGCGCGACGGAUUGCAAGCGGCCUGGCCAACCUCGUCAACCUCCGGCGCUUGAAGAUAUACUUCGACUUCUACCGUUACCUGACGGUCUUCGCGUUCAACUCGACGGCUGGCCGCGCACUGUGUCGACAAAUCAUCUCGGCGUGUUUCGGAUACGAUCCCCACGACUACCAGCUCGACGGCGUGACGAGAGCUCUCGACGGCCUCGACAUCCUCGCGAUUACACCUACAGGGUCCGGAAAGACAGGCUUUCUCACGAUGUACCUCGUCGUGAUGCAAGCUGUGAUGGAGCAGCCGCUGUUGCUGCCUUCACCUCCCCCAAGACAUUUCCAGCAUCGGGCCGCUAUGGUCGUCGUGUGCCCGACAAUUGCGCUGCAGGUUGAUAUGGAUGCAUUGACUACGGCGCGCCCUCGGAACCUUUGGGAUGACGUCCCCGACAGCGACGUCCUACUUGUUGCACCCGAGCAGCUCGACAAGAAGGGCUUCGAGCGUCUGGUGAACAACUCGGCAUACAAGAUGCGCGUCGUUGCGCUCGGAGUCGACGAGGCACAUCUCCUCAACACAUGGGGGAAGACAUUCCGACCAGAGUUCGAGAAGAUUGGGCCGACGCGCAUGCGUUUCAACCAGCCGGUUGUUAUCGCUCUUACGGCCACCCUCCGUGCCGGUCCACCUCUCCGGGCUGUCUACGACUCGCUCGGGCUGUAUGAAGGACCCAGGUUUCAUCUCAUCCGACGCUCCAAUGCCCGCCACGAUCUCCGCAUUAUCAUCCGCCUCAUGAAGUCGACUGUCAAUGCCACGGCCUUCCCCGAACUGGAAUGGGUUCUUUCAGCCCGCCGCAAUAUUCUCAUCUUCUGUCGCACACUCAAAACAUGUCACGACAUCAUGUCCUACCUCGACUUUCAGCUCAAGUGCCAUGCUGCGACCGGUGACGAGUUGGCUCCCCAUGUUGAGGUCCGGUCCCACAACGGACUGAACUGGCCUUCGUACAACGACACUACCCUCGACCACCUGCGUUCCGGGAGCGACAACAUGUUUUCAGUGGUUCUGGCGACCGACACGCUCUCUGUUGGGAUUGAUGUCGCACGAAUACACCACGUUGUUGUGUUCGAACGGGGACUGCCUGUCGACAUGGGGACGCUGAUUCAGCAGGCGGGGAGAGCACGCGACGGACGUGAGAUGAAGUCAUGCCUUGUCAUCUACCUCCCACGGAACGCGCUCAAUGUAUGUCAAGCCACUCUUCCCGGUGUAUCUGUGCCCUGA